AUGGCGUUCGUACCAGCCGCGAAUUAUCGACUACGCUAUCCCUUUGAGGAUAUUGGAGAACAGACGUCUUGGGAGAUUGACAAAGACGAAUGGAAAUUUGUGACUGUGGGCCUGCAACAGACCACCGAAGAUGACGAGGAGGCGGCAAGUAUAAGUGAAGACGGAGCAUCCGUACACUGUGCCAUCGAUGAUGUCGAUUCUGAGGCAGACGAAUCUGAACAAACCGCACAGCUGCAAGCGGCUAUUGAACGGAUGAAAUUGCGCGAUAGACCAAGAUAUAGCAAGGAAGAACUUGAAAACAUGACGUCGGGCGACAUAUGGAAAGACAUGAUGCAAGAUCCAGAGUUCCGUCGCAACAGCUACAUCUCUGCUUGCAUCUUAAAUAAACCUGCAGAGAUUCGGAAGCUUGUUGGAACCAGUGAUGACAACUACUUCGCCGCCCACGACGAGUAUGAACGGAAUGGCAUAUUUCUUGCUGCGACAGAAGGGCAUCUCAGGCUUCUGCAAUGGCUUCAAGACAACGGCUGUGACAAAGAGAAGCCCAACAAAAGAGGGCGAACGCCACUCAUGGCGGCGGCUCUCUGGGGUAGACUUCAGGUUGUCGAACACCUACUCAGCGCUGGAGUCGACGCCACCUUGAGAGACAUAAAAGGAAGGAGUGCAUAUGAUCUGGCAUUACCAUCUCGCCGUAAUACUAGCGAAAGGGAGCGACAUAGCCAUCACCGAGAGCCACGAGAUGCUGAUCUGCACCGUCGCCAUAUCGCAAUAAAGCUGCAAAGUAUCACUGGAGAAAAGCCACCACAGAAGCCUUGCCAAUCAAAGUCUCGGCAACACCGUCCUGGUAUCUUUCUCGAGCCUAACCUGAGCGCACAGCCCAUCUUCAUCAACUAUCUGGAGCUAGGGAUACAAUAUCCGAUUCCUGAUCCGAAAAAAGCCGUUGGCCGCCUAGAUCGUGGGCCUCUUUUCCCCAUAAGGCCAGUUUUCGCUUCGCACGUGGAGAAGCAAUUGCUGGCAUUCUAUAUAGCGAAACAUGUGCUUCUUGACAGUGAUAAUGACGAAGCCGUCGCCCAGGAUGGGGAAGACAUGGAUUUGAGCUUGGUCAAGCCGGCGAAAGCUGUUGAAGGAACUAUCAAGGUCAGCAAGGUAGCAAUGUGUGACAAUUGUAGGAAUUUUGUAAAGGAGGUCAAGCGUGUGGUUCCUAUGGAACUGAAGUUUGAAAAUCGUGAUGGCGUGCGAGUUUGA